AACGAAACAAAAGACAAAAAAGGAAGCGGUCAUUUUCAGAACGGUAGGUAAAGCAGUGCAGUUUACAAUUUAGUAAUUUACAGAAGACGAACAAGCAGGCACAAACAUCAGUAAAAGGUCAGCUACUCAAACAAUUAUCAGAAAACGGCAUCGUAUCCCAAUGGCACCGAACAAUGGCAACCCGGCGAUUGACCCGAGGAGCGGUUUCUGCAAGUCCAACUCCAUCUUCUACAGCAAACGCAAGCCCACUGCACACCCACCCAACCACGCCCUGGACGUCACCACAUUCAUCUCGUCCCGGGCCCACCAUGGCAAGGUCGCCUUCGUGGACGCCUCCACCGGCCGCCAACUCACCUUCGCCCAACUCUGGCGAGCCGUCGAUUCCGUCGCCACGUUUCUCUCCGACAAUGGCGUCAGGAAAGGCCACGUCAUCCUCAUCCUCUCCCCAAACUCCGUCUUCGUUCCCGCGGUGUGUCUCGCCGCCAUGUCCCUAGGCGCCGUAAUAACUACCGCUAAUCCCCUCAACACCGCAGGAGAAAUCGUCAAGCAGAUCGCCGAUUCGAAACCGGUCCUCGCUUUCACGACUCGCCAACUCGUCCCGAAACUCUCCGUGUCGCCAAAUCUCCUUCGAAUCGUACUGCUCGACGAGCAGUCUAAACCCGCCGUUGAAAACCCUAGGAUCGUGGCCACGUUGGAGGAAAUGCUGAAGAAGCAGCCGAGUGAGACACGCCGAGUCAGGGACCGAGUCAACCAGGACGACACGGCAACCCUUCUCUAUUCAUCAGGUACCACCGGUGCGAGCAAAGGCGUGGAGACUUCGCACAAGAGCUUCAUAGCGAUGAUUCAGAUCCUCAUCGGUCGGUUCGGAUUAGACGAAGGAGAGCACAGGUUCCUUUGCGUCGCCCCAAUGUUUCACAUCUACGGUCUAAUAUACGCGCUGGCGCUACCCGCAUCGGGAACAACGGCAGUAAUCCUCUCCAAGUACGACAUGCACGAUAUGCUCUCGGCGAUCGAGAAGUACCGGAUCACAAACACCUCGCUCGUGCCGCCGGUACUGGUGGCGCUCGUGAAAGGCGCGGAUGAGAUACGGUCCAGGUACGACCUGAGCUCGCUGCGCACGGUUUCGUGUGGUGGGGCCCCGCUGAGCAAGGAGGUGAUAGAGAAGGUCGUGGAGAGGUAUCCGACGGUGGCGAUUCUUCAGGCGUACGGGUUGACGGAAUCGACGGGGGUUGGGGCGACCAUGAACUCGCUGGAGGAGAGUAGGCGGUACGGUACGGUGGGGCUGCUGUCUCCGAACAUGGAAGCGAAGAUUGUGGAACCGAAGACCGGUGAGGCUCUAUCAGUGAACCGGACCGGUGAGAUUUGGCUUAGAGGUCCCCCCAUCAUGAAAGGUUAUUUCCUGAAUGCAGAAGCAACAACAUUAACUCUUGAUCCGGAGGGAUGGCUGAAAACUGGAGAUCUCUGCUACAUUGACGAUGAUGGAUUCAUUUUUGUGGUUGAUAGGUUGAAGGAGCUCAUUAAAUACAAGGGAUAUCAGGUCCCCCCGGCAGAACUAGAGGCCUUAUUACUCAUUCAUUCAGAAAUCUCUGAUGUUGCUGUUAUACCAUUUCCUGAUAAGGAGGUUGGAGAGUAUCCCAUGGCAUACGUGGUAAGAAAAGCUGGAAGUAAUUUAUCUGAGGGCGCAGUCAUGGACUUCGUAGCGGGACAGGUGGCUCCAUACAAGAAAAUCAGGAGAGUGGCAUUUAUAGCUUCUAUACCCAAGAAUCAGUCUGGCAAGAUUCUUAGGAAGGAUCUUGUACAACUUGCAACCUCAAAACUUUGAAUUGUUUGGUUUUCUGCUGGGAUUUUGAGGGCGGCAAUGCAGUGAUGUGUGAAAGUGGGAACACAUUUUGCACCCGCAAAACGGAGAUUUGGCUACUCAAAAUGGUGGCAAUUCAGGUAUAUAUAUAUAUAGGUCGUGUCUUGUCAAGUCAAGUAUUUUGGUGAUAAUUCGGGGUUAUGGGUUGUGUCGUGUAAAGUGGAGUCAUGAGUAUGUGAUUAUAUAAGUCAAUAUGAAUAUGACUAAUUUAAUUAAUCAUGUCAAAUGCAUUAAAAAGACAUUUCUUUUGUCAUAUUUGUUAGUGAUCAACCAAAGUAAUAUACUUAGGUGAAAUAAUUUAUCAAGUAUCAAGUGAUGGAUACAAAUUAUGUUCAAUAUAUAGAACUGCCCUGCCAUGCUCAAGUGGAGCCCUGCUGGUGGGCUUGUGCUGCUGGUUGCAUACAUUGCAUAGUACGUAUAAUCAU